AUGCGCCUGCGCACGGGCCGCCGGGAGCCAGAACGGCGUGGCCGCGGCUGGGAGUCACGUGCUACACCGAACAGCUGCCCCGCCCCUCGGAGCCGCGCCGCGCCGCGCCGCCCCGCCCCUUUCCCGGCGGGACGCUCGGAGCUGCCCCGGACUGCGCUGGACCGCCAAGGGAGUCACACCCCAUGGGUUCAUGUUGUAAAAGAGCUCCUUGACACAGAAGAAAAUUGUGGAAUGAUGGCUUCAUUCCAGCGCUCCAAUAGUCAUGACAAAGUAAGGAGAAUAGUUGCAGAGGAGGGUCGUACAGCAAGAAAUCUAAUAGCUUGGAGUGUUCCACUAGAAAGCAAAGAUGAUGAUGGAAAGCCUAAGUGCCAAACUGGUGGGAAAUUGAAGAGAACAAUUCAAGGCACUCAUAAAACUACUAAACAGAACACUGCAGUAGACUGUAAAAUAACGUUGUCUACAACUGGAGAUAAACACUUUGAUAAAAGUCCCACUAAAACAAGGCACCCUCGGAAAAUUGACCUAAGAGCUCGGUAUUGGGCAUUUCUCUUUGACAAUCUUCGUCGGGCAGUCGAUGAAAUCUAUGUAACUUGUGAAUCAGAUCAGAGUGUGGUGGAAUGUAAGGAAGUGCUAAUGAUGCUGGAUAACUAUGUAAGGGAUUUCAAAGCAUUGAUUGACUGGAUUCAACUUCAGGAAAAGCUAGAGAAGACAGAUGCUCAAAGCAGAGUUAUGCUGCUGUGCUGCAGUGAGUGGAAAAACCUGGACAACAGAUCAUCUAUGAUCCUGACUGGUAAUAUGACCAACUUCAUUGGCAUGGGAAGUAAAGAAGAUGUCUCCAGGACGUCAUGUGAUUCCAAGCCCAUCAACAGAUAGAAUAAAUGUAACAUCAAAUGCUCGAAGAAGCUUAAAUUUUGGGUGAGAUGAACUCAAACAAGCCUACUACAUCUUAUAUUACAAUAAAAUACUCUCUGCUGGUAAUAUACUUGUGAUAGUAUAAAACUGAUAUUUCAUUAUAAAAAUAUCCAUGGAAAUGUUUGCAAUUGUCUGAAUGAAAAAUUAAAAAAUGCAAGAGAGUAAAGUUCAACUUUGAGGAAAUGUAAUAUAUUCAAAUAUAAUCAGUAAUCCAAAGAUUAAAACCAAUCAAUAUAUUUCAUGCUAAAUGAUUCAUGACAAGAACUGGCAAUUUCUUUCACAAAAAAGAUCUGAAUAUAUAUAUCAUAGACGGUGUUAUUUAAAAUUGCUGACAUAAUUCCAUUCGUGUACAAAUUUAUUACAGUUGAUUAUAUAAUACAAAUAAUUAUCUAACUUUGUCUAUCAAAGCUUGGACUAGUUAUUCCAGUAAUUAAUGUAAAGGGUUUACAGUUUACAUUGAGGGCAUAACCAAAUCCAGGAACUUCUCUCAAUUUUUAAAUUAUGUUUUAAAAUUACGAAUAAUAACAUUGAAAAGGUCAUAAAAUAUAAAUACUCUUGGCAAAAAAUAAUUAUAUAAUAACCCCUCACAUAAUAAUAACUCCCUAGUCAAUAAAUAGAAAGUUGCCAGCACCCCUAAAGCUCUUUGUGUGUUCCUUCUCAAUAAUCUUCCCCUGUGCCCACCAAGGUAAUUGAUAACCGUAACUUUUUUGGUAAUCAUUUACUUGCUUUUCUGUCUAGUUUUACUAUGUAUGUAUUCUUAAACUAAAUGGUUUAGUUUUGCCUAUUUUUAACUUUUUAUGAACAGGAUAAUUCUUUAUGUAAUUUUUUUUUGUGUGAUUUAUUUCUCUCGUUAUAUAUAAAAUUUGUUAUAUGUGGGUGUAUUUCAUUCAUUUUCAUUUCUGAAUAUUUCAUUUUAUGAAUAUUCUAUUAUUCAGCUGGUGAUAUAUUUUGACGUGUUUCCAGUUUUUGGCUAUUACGAACAGUGUUGCUAUGAAUAUCCUUAUACAUGUGUCCAGUACACAUGUACAAGAGUUUCUUUAGUAUAUACACUUAGAAAGGGGAAAGAUUAGGUCAUAAGAUUUGUGUCUAUUCAGCUUUACUAAAUAAUGUCAGACUGUUUUCCAAAGAGUUUGUACUAAUUUGGCAC